AUGUCACUUAUUGGUGUUAGAAAUUUUAGCUCAAGCAGCCUAAGAGCUGCAGCUCCUACUCGGGGGAAGGCUCAAGGCUUCGCUAAAAAGGUUAGCGGUGCUAAGACCACUGGAAAGAAAGUUAGCGCUGGAUCCUUGUACAAGCCAUGGCAGCAAACGAUAGCAACUUCAAAUCUCAACAAGAAUGCGUUUCCUGUUGAAGUGCCAACCUUCAAGCCCAGCGAAAUUUCGCAGUGCGUUGACCAGGUAAUGUCGUUUUCCAAUGCUCACUACAAGUAUUUGUACACUCUGGGGUCAUUUAAACAAAAUCAGUUUAACGAACUUUUCCCACGCCCAAUAUCAAUGGUUAGACGUAAUACUACUCAGAAAUUGUUCGAAUUACUCAAAAACUCACCAGACAGAAAGUUCAUUUUAACCGGCGAGUCAGGAAUAGGAAAGAGUGUUUUACUAUCCCAGGUGCAUUCCUUAGCGUUCGAAGAGAAUGCCCUUGUCAUAAACAUAUCCUAUCCAGAGCUCUUUUUGAAUGGUACCAAUGAUUUCUUUUAUGAUGGAGCGAGCUACGUUCAACCAAUGUACCUGAAACGUCUGCUCAACAAAAUCUUGAAGGCAAAUAAUAAAAACUUAUUGUCUUCUAUACCUAUUUCCGGUAAUUAUAAGUUCGCUAAUGCUGACCCCAAGGACUCCGCAAGCAGGAAGUUUGUCCAAAUCACAGGCGGCAAGAGUACACUUUUGGAUCUUAUUUCAGUUAAAACGUCUCCUCGUAACCGAGGAGAUUUAUUUCAGGCUGUCAUCCAAGAACUCAGCAAGCAAGCUAAAGUUCCAGUAGUAUUCACAGUGGACAACUUUUCUCGUAUAACAAGCGAGCCUAAAUCCGCUUACAAAAACUCCAACAACGAAAAUAUUCAUGUUUUGGAGCUUCAACUUGGAAAAACUAUAAUGGAAAUUGUUAGCGGCAAAGUUUUAUUUCCCCACAAGCUGAGUGCUGUUGUUCUGGCAACAUCAGGUUGUGACAGGACCAACAGAACGCUCCCAGUGGGACUUCAAAAACAACCACAUGAUCCAUACGUUAGUCGAAAGCACUAUGAUCAUGAUCUUGCGUGCCUUCUUUCCAAAGGAAACGUCAGAGAAUUUCCUGUAAAUAAGUUGAGCAAGCAAGAGCUUCAAAACUUAUUAGAAUUCUACUACAAGGCUGAAAUCAUCCUAUCAAAAGACAAUAACGAAAAAACCAUUGAACAAUUAGUUGACGAAAAGUAUCUUCUCAGCGGUAACGGGAACCCAAGAGAGCUACUAAAGAGUUUGGUGUUACAGUUCUCUUAA